GACAUCCAGUCUGUCUCACUAGUCUCACAAUGCUUUACAAUGCUUUAUUAUCACUAACAGCAUUUAUGUUUUGUCUUAGUCUUUUCCUAGUGCACAGAGCCAGUGUUUUAGAAAAUGAUUUUCGCAAACUCCAAGGGGACAUAAUUCUACAAUUAAAUCAGCCACGUUCUGAGGGAGUCAAUGGGAAAGUGGCCAAGAUGUCUAAAACAAGGGAGGACAUAAAGCCAAGUACUUUGCAAAAAGCUCAGAGUUCUGCGAAGAUAUUUUCUAGGAGAGUAAAACGGGAACAGGGCAGCUGCAGAGCUCCAACAUCAUUCCUACAGUUAACAGCUAACACUAACAAACAGCCAGACAUAAGAGGAAAUAUAGCAGUGAUCCCUUGGACUGUUUCUGUACAGCAAGGAAAUGCAAUUUCACAAAAGGAAAACAGAAUUGUUGUCCAAGAAGAUGGUUAUUACUUGGUGUUUGGACAAGUAUUGUGUCACUCUAAUUCAAGCAUAACUAAGUUGAUAUUACAUCUGAUUUGUUCCAACUGUUCAGCUAAUGUUCUGCUUAAUUCACAGGUUUUGUUUGAAAGGCCAAGCACAGUUGUGGGUUAUAUCAUUCAAAUUUGGGGUUCCGCGAACAAGGGCACCUCAACAGAGCUCUUGUGUUGCCUUAAAGAUAUGCCAGAUGAAACUCCUCCCAACACUGCCAACACAUGCUACACUUCAGGUUUAGUGCAGCUGCAACAAGACGAUGAACUGGAACUGGUGAUACCAUACAAGCCUGAAGUCCUCAUCACUAUGGAUGUAGAGACCUUUUUUGGUGUCAUAAGGCUAAACUGAAACAAGACGGUAUGAAGAAGAUAACUAUGCAGCUCAUUGUUGCAGGAUGUAAGAAACUGACACUGAGCAGCGUGAGGGGAUGCUGAUAAAGGACCGAGUGACAGCAGUAGGAAAACUUCUGGGACCUGUCAUUAACCUCAGGAAAAUACAUAAUGAAUUGUUUUAAUGAUCUGCCCAUCUCAUCUGUCAGUUUACUUUUAAAAUCCUUUAGCUUAACUAUCUUUCAGGCUGUCCACCUGGGCCUGUCCCCUAUCAUUGUUUGUGUGUGCUUCCUCCUUUCAUCAGUCUAUUUUAGCAUGUCUCUUGCUGGGGGCUUCCCUCCAGCUCCACCUCCGCGCUGUCUGUUUAUUUGUUCCUCUCGUCUAUUUUAGAAUGGUUUCCGUUUUCCUAAGACUAUGUCAGGAACAAACAAAAGUAUAAAUUUAUAUUGCUCAGGGGGUGUUUUCCUGGUUGACACGAACUCCUCAAACCUGUAAAUACUUGAACAUAUCAUGAUAAAAUUAAAGUUGUUAUAAAUGGGAUAAUAUUCCUUUGUACAAAUUCAUUCUCAGUUGGUAUUUCUGUUUUUUUUAAAUUCAUGCAUCUGUACAAUUUGUUACAU